UGUUUUGUUUUAGACCACUGUAUUAUAAGUGAUUAACGAUGAUAUUAUUAAGUUAUGCAUCGGUGUAGUGUGUUUAAAAACGCUUGUAUUAAUGUGCCAGUAGACCCUAUAAGUAAAAUGCCGAGGACUGCUUACGAACGUAACGAAAAGAAUUUAGUAGAACAGUGUUCAAUAGAAUCGUCUUGUGGCUCGGUAGCAGGUGAUAUCGAAGCAGAGAAGUUGAAGGAGUUCUACCGAAGCAUCCCUGAUUACAACGAUAUAAACCAUUUAUCUGAAGCAGAAUUUUAUUCUACGUUAAAAAGUUUGAGAGAUAAAAAGAAACUAAUGCUAGGUUUAGCGGUCGAGCAUAUAGACGACUGUAAAUUGUACGACGAUACAAGUAGGUUUGAUAAGGAAGAAAUCGUUUCAACCGUUAAAAGAAGACCUUACAAUAGAAGAAAAUCUCUUACGGUGACAGAUAAACCAAGAAUUCCUCAAGUCAAUGUUGUUAAAGCAUCCACAAUUGGAACUUUAAAUAAAACAGAUAAUGGGGGAUUAGAAAAUGGACAGGUAGAUUCUACAAAAAUCAGUAGUUUAACUGUAAAAGGUGUGUCUAAAAUGGAUAGGCCUAAGAGGAAUCAUUCAGCGUGUUCCAUUUCUUGGCAUGACGAUAAAGUUGAAACUAAGAAUGAAGUGGACGAUAAAUUCGAUAAGUUUUUUGAAGGGAAUGAUAUAAAUGACGAUGGAUUUUAUAAGACGCAAAGUAUGCCGUCGAGUCCACUACGAACUAGACGGACAGGGUCUUUGAGACGGCGGAAAAGCAUCACGAUACCCAAGCCUUUUAAGAUGACAGAAAGAGAUGAAGAAGACCGCAUAGUGAGUGAACUCCGAGGUCUACAGAAGUCGUUGUCCGAGGACAUGCUUCAUCAGAAGCGGGAGAGGAAGCGGUUCCGAGCCAGGCCGGUGCCCAUUGAGUCCCGAAUACCAUUAUAUGACAAAAUACUCGAAGAUCAAGCUAUGAGACGAGCAAUAACAAAGAUUAACAGCGAAGCAGAGCUAAGAGCGCAGAUGAAGCCGUUCAGCUUCACGAAGCGUGAAGAAGGCUCCUUAACUGGAGUGUGCGAGAGAGCGGUCAACGCGCUGCCGAAAAGCAAAAAGAAGAAGCGCUUCCGAGCCCGUCCGGUGCCGAAGAACCUCUUCUCCAACUAUUUCUAUGAUAAAAUGAAGGAAGACAACUUUUUUCGCUCUAUGAAUCGUCGUGUCAGGGCAGAGGAAAUGCUACGGACUUCUAGCUUCCCAGGCAGCAUGGCGGUACGCGACCGAAGCCGCUUGUCCACCCCUGCAGCCCACAGCGAUCUGCCUAUAGACCCGUCCCCGGCUGUCCCCUCAAGUACCUCCUCGGAUAGGCAUCGAUGCUCCAGCCCAACAAAGGAUGCAAGGAAGUCGAAGGCCAAAGAGGAUUUUAUUACAACAAGCCCUCAGCCGUUCAGAUUUAACACUGCUGAAAGAGCGUCGAAAAAGAUGAACGACAUAACAAAGAAAAUUUACCAAGGCAGCAAAAGUAGCGACAGCAGGAAUGGUAGCAGUAAACCAGAAGAUAUCUUCAACAAAACGCAGGCGUAUUCUGCCCUGGACUUGAAGGGUAUAGCAGCUGGGAGGUCUAACUUAGCAGCGCUGUUGCGAGCUGAGGCAGUAAGACAGAAGUUUGAAAUGGAAUCGGUUAGACGUUUAGCGGAGCAGCGUCGAAGAGCUGAUAAUAGGCACCGGGAUCGCUUGCUCAGGUCUAAACCCGCUUGGCAUCUUGUUAAGAACAACCACGAAGAGGACAUAGCAAUGCGGUUACAAACAAGACGCGACGAAGAAAGAAUGAGACGGGAGGAGUUUCUCCACGAGAUGGAGCUGAUGUACGGAAGGGUCCAACAACAACCGAUGCUGUUCGAAAGAUACUACGCACCGCGUUCUGGAGCGACCACCGUGGACUCCAUACAACUGUCCCCAAGAAAAAGUCCUAGCAAGAAACGUGGCAGCAGAAAGAGUAAAACAUAUCGAUUAGGAAGUCCUUGUAUAUCGCCCGAAUUGCGUGGAGAAUUCAUAAAAUAUUCAGACAAAAAAUCCAAUCUAACCGAUGAUGAUGAUGAUGUAUGAUAAGGCGGUCAAAAAAUUUGACAAUUUAGAACGAAGUUAGAAAAAAUACUAUUGGAACUAGAUGCUCUCCGAAAGUUAAAAAUUCAAAAGGAACACUUAAAAGGUGCACCAGAUUCUAUAGAAGCAUAGAAAGAAACAACAGUAGUAAUAAAGAGGGUAGUAGAAAAAAUAAUAUC